GUACACUAAGACAACGCCAAUUACUACACCAACUACUAUCAACAGGCACGAUUCUGGGAAAAUUGCACUCAGUUUUGGAGUCAUAUGAAAUCCUGGAACAAUAGAGAACAUGAUAUCAAUAAAACAAACAGUGAUUUGAAUGAUAUUUUAAAAUCGUUAAAAGAAGGCAUAUGCAAGGACAGCAUGUAAACCUGGAGAAACCAAACAUUAUUGUGAUUACACACACGUGAAACGUAUAAUUAACAAGUGAUCGAUGUUGAAAAAUAGGCUAGCUUCUGUCAAUCAAUUUCAAAUUCAAAAACUGUCACAAUGUUGGAGUAUUAAUAAAAUUUUGUCAAAAUUACUUAAUUCAGUCAUUUUUUGCUCAAAAUUUUAUCUGUUUGAAGUGUAGCAGCAAUGGAUAAAGGGUUUCAAACUUAUUACCCAUAUUAUCCGCCAUGCAACACUACCCAACGUGGUUCUAGGGAAUUUUAUCCCUUUUGUUCCCGACGAGAAGCGAAAAAGGCCGAUUAUGUUUUAGAAGAAUCAGCGUCAGUUGAACUAAAUAGCGUUAUCCUUAACGAAACCGUUUACGAUGAGGUCCAGCGUGGUGCAUUGCUACAUCCGAUUCGGAAACUCCGUAAACGUUUUUCAAUUCCGCCUACCCAAUCGCCCAUGUAUUUGGAUGACUUGAUGAAAGACUUGUUAAGAUUCGAAGGUGUUUGUAAGAAAAAGAAGAAAAAGAAAAAGAAGGUACCAGGGCCAAGCUGUAAAUUGUCAUACCUAAAAAACAUGAAAAAAAUGGACAGAGACGUACUGACACGAAAACAGUACAUCGAUUUUCUGUCCACUCCAAAAAAGUAUCCAAAAGAAGAUCCGUGUCCAAAACCUCCGGAUCCUUGUAAAAUAUUAAAGACAGAAAUGUGCCCCCCGAGAAUUCUUCAACUUGCCAUUCCAAAAAAACGACUGGUCUAUGAAACGUGGAAGAACUACAACUGCGUUCUUCCCAUUCAUCUUAUUGAGAAGCUGCAGGAAAUCCUACAUUCAGAUCGAAAUCUUGAAGCUUCGUACGCCAGAAGAUACUUUAAACGUCUUGAGAGGCAAAAGAAGAGAAAGAAGAUGUUGGAGAAGAAGAGAAGGCUGAGACAGAUCGCGAGGAGGAAAGAUAAAUGGCUGAAAGAUAUAAUAAAGCGUACGGCUAAAGCUAUAGUGAAAUUUAUCAGGGAUCGACCCAAUUAUAGUCUAAACUAUAAACAAAUCAUGUUCAGUGAUGCACUUUAUAAUUUAGCAAUUCAAAUAAUGCCGAUUCCUCGCUUAAAUCGUAAUUGUCCUUGCAACGCUUACCACAGGACCUUGUUAGAAAUUCUUGAUAAAAUUGCUAUGUGGGUGGAUUUGAUAUUGAAAUAUAUAGACAUCCACUACACUGACUCAGAAGAGGAACUGCUGCUAAGGUUGCCAUCAGCUGGAGAACUAGGAGAAGGGGAAGAAGAAGGCGAAGGAGAGGGCGAAGAAGAAGAAGAACUUUCGGAAUUGUCGGAAUUAUCUUAUGGAGAAGGUGAAGGAGAUAUAUCUAUCCUAGAAUUGCAAACCGAACUGACAAUAACCGAAAGCGACAAGGGGGACGACUUACUCGACGAAGGAGAAGGAGAAGAAGGAUUUGCUGGAUUUUGCGCCGAUACCGAGGACGUAAUGGGAAUGCUGAAAGAUAGCAUGCUGGGCCUCCUCAUCUCGAUAUACGAAAGAGGACCAACAUUGCUUGAAGAGCAAUUGGAUCCCAAGAUCUUUGGCAAAGUUACAAGACGCUAUCUUUUGGACAAAAUUAAGUCGUUGGCUGAUAAAGAUUUAGCUGACCUAAUUCGCGAGCGACAGGUACAGCUUGAGCAGAGAAUGAUGGAAUGGGUACAUAAAAAUGCUCCUGAAGAGCUUAAUGACGAUAUGUGCAAGACGAUUAAAAUAGUCGCUGCCCUUUUGGCGAGAUGUUUCGGCAAAGAGUUUUUGGCAGGACUCUUGGAAGAAGAAUUGUUGUUUGGAACUGGCGAAGAUGAUGACGGAGCUGGUCGCGGACGAGCUCGACUAGCUGGCGAUGAAGGGCGCGGAGGAGGUGUACAGGAAUACGGCGAAGAGGGUCUUGCCGGUGACGACCUAUUCGGAGAUGAUCGUUCAAAAGGAUACGACGAUGGCAAAGGCGAAGGAGAGGAAGAGGAAUGUGAAUUACCGGAUAUGGAUGAGGGAGAGGGACCUUGUGGCGAAGGAGAAUUUGGAUUCAGAGGCGUAUGCGAAGAAGGGGAAGACGAAGAAGGGGGAAGACGACGAAGAGGCAAAAGGCCAUGUGGCGAAGAAGGGGAAGAAUCUGAAGAAAGUGAAGAAGGGGUAUGCGAAGGUGAAGGAGGAAAGAAAAAGAAGAAACCAUGCGAAUUGGAGAUUGAGAGAAGAAGAAGAGAACAUCCACUUCCUACUACUAUUUGCGCACACAAACCUUCUAAAACAUUCGAGCAUUCUCCAGAUAUGAUGUGCUGUCUGCAUCUGAAACUUUGGGCUACAUGGCUGUAUGAAGUUGCAAAUAAUGCCCACACAUGGACGAAAUGGAUAAUUCAAGUAUCACAAGAGGUCCGCCACUAUGCAGCAAUCGUUAGAGGCGACGUCCUUGAUGACAAUGGCAAACCGAAAGUCCUGUACAAGCAAGAAUGGAGAGAUUUCGUGGCCAAAAUCGACAAGAUGAUCGUAUCGUGGCGACAGUACAGUCUGGACGUCAAGAAAGUAACGGAAAGUGUUAUCAAGAAUUUCAAAGGGAAGAAAGUCCAAUGUUGUCCGAAAUGUUUGGAAGAUAGUAACAUAGUCGACGUCAGCAUGGUGCAUGGUAUCACGCAGCAGUUGGCUGAUGCAAUGAUGACUGCUCAGUACUGGAGGAAUUGGCUAGAUGAUAUCAUGAUGCAGACUUGCAAAUUGCUCACUGUUGAUGUGCCUGAUGUUUGCGACACUGACUCUGUCUACACCGGAAUGAUGAGCACCAUUACAGAAAUUGGAUCGUACAUCAGCGACGGUUCUGACAGCGUGUGGGAAAUAGAAGAAAUGGAGAAAGGAAAAUGCGUAUGCUUCAAAGAUCAGAAGAAAUAACGUUGGUAGAUCUUUUCACAAUGUACUUCAUAUAUAUAACGAGUUUAAAAUAAUACAAUGUCUAAAAAAUC